ACCGCUGGACACUGACUGGUGGCACUGACUGGCAGCACUGCUGGGCUGCACUGGUGGGUGGCACUGGUGGGCAGCACUGGUGGGUGGGCACAGGUGGGUGGCACUGGUGGGCACAGAUGGGUGGCACUGGUGGGCACAGGUGGGUGGGCACAGGUGGGUGGCACUGCUGGGCACAGGUAGGUGGCACUUCUGGGCACAGAUGUGUGACACUGCAGAGUGGCACAGCUGGGGGCAUUGCUGGGCACAGGUGGGUGCACUGCUGGGCACAGGUGGGUGCACUGCUGGGCACAGGUGGGCGGAGCUAGUGGGCGCACUGCUGGGCACAGGUGGGCGGAACUUGCGGGUGGCACUGCUGGGCACCGAUCAUCAGGGCACUUAUCAUCACGUGUCAUUGGACACCGCUGAUCACGUGGUAAAAGGCCGCUGUGAUUGG